AUGUCCACUUAUAAAGAUAAACCACAACUCCCGUUGUACUACAAGCCAGCAUCGCCUGCUAAGCGGAAGAAGAAGGCCAUGUUACUCAAGGGGUUCUUCUUGUCCAUAUCUCUAUAUGUGAUCUACUACUUUGCAACUAGAGAAGUUACCUUCAAUAUCCUUAGCUCGCAGCCAAACUGGAAAUCAGUUCAAAGGGAAGUGCGUCAAGCAAUGUUGGACUCAUGGCACACUUACGAAAAGUACGGCUGGGGGUAUGACGAGUACCAUCCGUUGCUGGAGACGGGUGAAAACAUGGGCCCAAAGCCGCUCGGUUGGAUGAUUGUUGACUCCAUCGACACGUUGAUGAUUAUGGAUUGUCCCGAGGAAGUUGGCAGGGCCCGCAAUUGGAUCAAGAAUCUAGACUACAAGUUUGAUUACGAAGUCAGCAACUUUGAAACCACCAUUAGAAUGUUGGGUGGAUUACUUUCAGCGUAUCAUUUGAGUGAGGACGACAUGUACUUGGAUAAAGCAGUUGUGCUUGCAAACUCGUUGCACGGAGCUUACGACAGCCCCUCGGGCAUACCGUAUUCCUCGGUCAACUUGAAGACGGGCGUGGGAGUCAAGAACCAUGUCGAUAACGGCGCUACUUCUACCGCGGAAGCAGCAACUGUGCAAUUGGAGUUGCGUUACUUGGCCAAAUUGACCGGUGAAAAGGACUGGUGGGACUUGUCUGAAAAUGUCAUGAAGGUGUUGGAAGCAAACAAGCCAAAAGCCGGCUUGGUCCCGAUUUACGUCGACCCUGACACUGGCAAGUAUCAAGGCAAAUUGAUAAGAUUGGGAAGCAGAGGCGACUCCUACUACGAGUACUUGAUCAAGCAGUACUUGCAGACAUAUCAAGAGGAAGAGGUCUAUUAUGACAUGUACCGCGAAAGUGUUGCCGGAGUUAAGAAACAUUUGGUGAGAAAAACCGAGCCAGAUGGACUUACUUUUAUUGGCGAGUUGGAAAAUGGCAUUGGCGGGCCUUUUUCAACAAAGAUGGACCACUUGGUCUGCUUCUUUGGCGGUACGUUGGCCGUGGGAGCAACAAAUGGGUUGACUUUGGAAGAGGCGAUGAAGGAAAGUUGGUGGAACCAGGAUAGAGAGUCGGAUUUCAUCUUGGGUGCCGAGCUCACAGAAACAUGCUAUAGAAUGUACGCCGAUGUCGCACCAACCCGCUUAUCGCCAGAGAUUGUUGUGUUCAAUACCGAUCCUACCAAGCUGAAGAAUUUCUUCAUCAAGCGUGCCGACAGACACAAUUUACAGCGUCCAGAAACGGUUGAGUCGUUGUUCUACUUGUAUAGAAUCACGGGAGAUGAGAAAUACAGGCGCUGGGGCUUGGAGAUUUUCAACAGUUUUAUGCAGUACUCGAAAGUAGUCAACGAAAAGGGAGACAUUAGCUUUGAUUCGUUAAGUGACGUUACCAGUUUGAAUGAAGACGGCACUUCGAAAUACAGCGAUAAUUUGGAGUCCUUCUGGUUUGCCGAGACCCUCAAGUAUCUAUACUUGCUAUUUGACGACGAUAACACGAUUCCGUUGGACCAAUACGUUUUCAACACCGAAGCUCACCCGUUCCCCAGGUUCAAUCUUGGAAAUUACAAAACUUGGAGACGAAGUGUAUAG